UCACAUGACUCCCCUCUUUUCUUGGGCUGGAAACCCUCGGAGGCCUCAGCAAGUGAGGCUGAAAACCGAAGCAAGAGCUGGGUCAGGUGGCAGCCACAGCAGCCUCAGGGACUCAGCAACCAUGGCCUCCUGCCCAGACUCGGAUAAUAGCUGGGUGCUUGCCGGCUCGGAGAACCUGCCUGUGGAGACCCUGGGCCCAGAAUCCAGGGUGGACCUACAGUCUGAGAGCCCCAACCAGGCCCCUCGGAGCCCCUCCAAGGCAGAUGGUGACGGAGCAGCUGAGGCCUUGGAUGGAGAAGGGACCCUCUUAAAGACUGAAAGCCCCCCACCAGCUCCCAUUGUGCCAGAGGAGACUGAGGCCAAGGGUGCCCUGGAAGGUGAUGGUCGUGGGGCGGAGCCCUCAGGCCCAGGAGACACGGAGGUCCAGGGAGACUUGAAGGAGACCCCUGUGGCAACAGGCCUGGGACCAGAUGCACUGGACCUGGAGGACCAGAGCCCCCAACAGAGCCUGCCUUCAGCUCCCAAAACAGCUUGGAUCAGAGAGGCGGGCCACCCCUCCAGCAGCGACGAUGACACUGACGUGGAUGUGGAAGGUCUGAGGAGGCGGCGGGGCCGAGACCCCAGCCCAUUUCAGCCAGCGGCACCGGUGGUGGACCAGGCCGAGGAUGAUGGCGUGAGUGGGCAGCUGGGAAUCUCUCUCAACAUGUGCCUGCUCGGAGCCCUGGUUCUGUUGGGGCUGGGGAUCCUCCUCUUCUCCGGUGGCCUCUCGGAGUCUGACACUGGGCCCAUGGAGGACGUGGACCUGCAGGUCUUCCCCGACGCUGGGUCGGACACUGAGCUGCUGGAUGCUGUAGCAGGUGGGCAGGAGGGGCUGAGGGAGCAGCUGCAGGCCUCAGCAUCCCCUGACAGUGUCCCCAGCCUGCAGAACAUGGGCCUUCUGCUGGACAGGCUGGCCAAGGAGAACCAGGACAUCCGACUGCUGCAGGCCCAGCUGCAGGCCCAGAAGGAAGAACUUCAGAGCCUGAUGCACCAGCCCAAAGGACUAGAGGAAGAGAAUGCCCGGCUCCGGGGGGCCCUGCAGCAGGGCGAGGCCUCCCAGCGGGCUCUGGAGUCAGAGCUGCAGCACCUGCGGGCCCGGCUCCAGGGACUGGAGGCCAACUGUGUCCGAGGCACAGAUGGGGUGUGCCUGAACUGGGGCAGAGACCCGCAGGCUGGCAAGGCCACCAAGGAGCAAGGCCCCAGGAGGCCAGAGCUGGAUCCUGGCUUCCUAGAGCAGAAGAAACAGUUGGAGGCUGAGGCCAAGGCAUUAAGGCAAGAGUUGGAGAGGCAGCGGCGGCUGCUAGGGUCUGUGCAGCGGGACCUGGAGAGGAGCUUGCGGGACGCUGGCCGCAGGGACCCGGCUCACGCUGGCCUGGCAGAACUGGGCCGCAGGCUGGCCCAGACGCUGCAGGGUGUAGAGAACUGGGGCCAGGAUCCUGGGGUCCCUGCCAAUGCCUCGGAGGCCAGGCACCAAAAGCCCCGCUUCCAGAAUUCCAAGGAGUGGGAUGGACAGGGAAAGUGGCGGGAUGGGCAGAAGGACCGGAAGCAUAAGAAGGAGGACUCUGACUGGGAAGGGAAGAAGAGCUGGGGAGGCGAGGAGGACAGGGAACUGGCAGGGAGGUGGAAGGAGGGUCGGCCAAGGCCUGAAGAAUGGGGAAGCAAGAAGGAUACCAAGCGACAGGGCCCCAAGGAACCCCCAAGGAAAAGUGGGAGCUCCCAUUCCUCUGGAGAAAGGCAGAAGCAGCCUCAGUGGAGAGCAGGGGCUGAAGACAGCCCUGACCUCCCGGCCGCCUGGGCAGAGCUGUUGAGGCACAAGUACCGGGCCCCACAGGGCUGCUCGGGUGUGGAUGAGUGCGCCCGGCAGGAGGGCCUGACCUUCUUUGGCACAGAGCUGGCCCCUGUGCGGCAACAGGAGCUGGCCUCAUUGCUGCACACGUACCUGGCACGGCUGCCCUGGGCCGGGCAGCUCACCAAGGAGCUCCCCCUCUCGCCCGCUUACUUUGGAGAAGAUGGAGUCUUUCGUCAUGACCGCCUCCGCUUCCGGGAUUUUGUGGAUGCCUUAGAGGACAGCCUGGAGGAGGUGGCAGUGAGACAGACAGGUGAUGACGAUGAGGUGGAUGACUUUGAGGACUUCAUCUUCAGCCACUUCAUUGGAGACAAAGCGCUGAAGAAGAGGUCAGGGAAGAAGGACAAGCACUUGCGGAACCCCAGAGUCAUGGGGCCCAGAGAGGAGCACAGCCAGCACCACCCCCGCCAACACCAGCACCUGCACCGGGGCUGAGGCCCUGCCCCAUCGGGGCGUCACCUCGGCCUGAGCCCGGCCUGAGCUCCUUGGCACUGUGUAGCCCCUGGAGGCCGGGCCCUGUUGGCUCGUCUGGACUCCUUGGAUGCCCUUCACGGGGGAGGGGAAAUCACCCAGCCUUGCACUGAUGCCACUUUUGCUAGAAAAAGGCCGUAGCUGGACCUGCCCCGCUGUCUAUGCAAAUGUGUAAAUGCUCAGGGCCCCAGGUCGCCCUUGGCAGCCUGUUUGCAACGUGUCACUGUGAAGGGGGUGGGAGGGGAGCUUGGUUUUUAGUGAGGAGGUGCGGAUGGCAUAUUGAUUGUAAAGCCAAAGAGCCUUGGGUCUCUCGUCUGUGUGCCCUUGGGUGACUCUGCACGCUGACCGCUGACCCGGAGCCCCCUGGGGUUUGAUGAGAGUGGCUGGCUGGGGGCCCGGCACAAGGACUUUCUCUGGGGUUUUGUUCAUUUUGGAAGCAGCUGUGCCCAGGAGGUGAAGUCCCCUUUUUACCCCUGCUUCUCACGUGGCCUCACCUCCCUGUGUGAACUGUAGACUCAGAUCCUAAUAAAGUACUGUUGGAGCUGUGGCAUUGGGUGGGGCUCUGUCACCCAGGCAGUUUCGAAGCCCAGGGGACAUCCCAUACCCAAUGCCUGAUGGUAGUGCUCACCCCUACCUCCCUGAAACCCUCUCCUCCUCGCCUUCACCUCCCAGCAGACUCUAGGCCCUCCGGGCUGGGCCCUCUUGUUUUGCUCCUAGCUGCCUUCACUGCACCCCUGAGAGAUGCAGAAAAAAUGCAUGUUGGUUUCGGAGUCCAAGCCUUGGGCUCACAGCCAGGCUGAGUGAUCUUGGGCAAGUUAGUCUCUGGGAACCUUGGGUUUCUUAUUCUCCAAAAAGGAGAUUGGAGGGCUGGGGAAGAGGUUAAAUAAAGCCACGUAAGCAAGA